AUGCAGUCCUCGCGAAUCACCGUGCAUUUACCAACUAGAGACUUGCGCGAUGCGGGCCUUGAAAGAACGCAGCAAUCUAGCGCUUCAGAAGAUAGAGAUAUCUGGGCCGAUUUCACAACUCUGGUCGAGGAUGAGGGAACUCAGCAAGAACCUAGUAUACCCGACCAUACUACCUCAGCUAGCCAUAUUCCCAACGAUUUUAUAUCUUCCGCCGCGCAAGGUAGUCAAGAUUUUGCAGCUAAUAAAUCGUUUAAUCCCAAGUCGUACGAAAUUGCGUCGCUGAUUCCCGCUACCGCUACAGGGGAGAAUGAUUCCAUGGCCGCCUGUGUGGGGAAUCCUGAUGCCGAUACCAGCACUGUGGAGAUCACGACAUCCUCCUACACUGGUGUUUCACGACAUACCGCGGCUCAAGCGCCAUUGAGGUCUAUCGGGACCGGGUUCGAAGCUGCCCCGUAUAUCGAUCAGAGCUUCGAUUCGGCGGUCCCUGCAGCUUCAGAUUCAUCCUCAGCCUAUCUACCUUUGGAGACCACGCCAGCUACAGACAUAACAUCCGUAGCGUCGAAGAUGUACGAGCACAAUGCCGUCGAGCUGAAAAGAAAUUGUCAGAGUUGCGGAGGAGAUUUGUUCGCGUGCAAGCGCGGAAAGCCCUCAGACGCGCUGAAAUCGGAAUAUCAGGAGCAACUCUUGUGGAUCAUGCGCCAACUGGACUUGAAUCCUCAUACCGCAGAGAAGUGGGCCAUAUUCAGCCCUCGAUAUCACGAUCACAGUGCUCUCAAGAUCAAGAACCUGCUGCAUCGCCGAACAGACGCCGUGAACGUGACAAAUUUCAUUUUUCGCUGUUGUCAAUUCAUCCUGGAAGAGAUCCACACAGACUCCUGCCCUUACAUUAGAGCCCAACUGCGUAUACAUAAUUAUACGGACAAUACCAAGGCCAAGCGCGAUUUAGGUCGAUGUUAUGAAGCUAUUCGUAGCCUAAAUCUUUCUAGCCUGACUUGGGGACAUCGAGCCGGUCCUCGCCUCUCGAUUGAAACAUCGAAGUUACUGAGUGAUCAGGCUCAUACAGCCUACACUAUCAGCACGUCUUCCGAUCACUUUUCCGAACGGAUGUCCGAUGAACGUUGGGGGGACUUGUCCAAAAAUCCUGGAAAGCGCUCAUACGGACACAUGAGUACCAAUACGACCUCAGAAGCAACUGAUACUUCCAAGGUCGUCAAAACGGCCAGUGUGUCAGAACAGCAAUGUGGUGGGAAACUCUUAUCUUGCAACUUCACAAAGGACCGGGAAAUAGCUCCCUUGAAAGAGGAACAUGCCAAGCUUUUGUACUGGCUGCUGGGAACACUGGAUAUGUCUCUGAAACCAAACAGACAGUGGCAUCUAUUCAACAAGGAGUAUCGCUCCUCUCAACGUAGCUCUAUUGCUGCCUUGAGCUCUAUUCUGGAUUCGAGCGAGAACCAAAAGCUAUUGAGCUACUUUAUCGUUUGGUGCUUGAAGCAUAUCUCUUACGUCCAUCACAACGGAGGAUGCCCGUACCUGGCAGAGAUAUGCCAAGCGCACGAUAUUAGAACUUCGAUCAGAACUCCUAGGAAUGAGACUUGCAUUGAUACGACUUAUGAAAAGCUCGUCAUUCUAGAGGAGGAACUAUGGCUCAAGGGUCCGCCACCUAUCGGGCCGCGAGCGCAAGACUACAAGAUGCCGCCAGAUGGCUUCUGA